AUGAAUCUCUACUGUCGACAGUCGUCAAACUCCCAGCUGAUGAUGUCAGACUGAUCGACAGGGUUUUGGUAUCGAUCUCAUCUCCACAUGUCUUUCUUAUAAUUGACACUCCGUCUUGACUACAUCUCUGGCAUUUCCUUCUUGCGUCUUCUAGCAAGAAGAACAGACAUCUGCAUCUAUGGCUACUCGGGCAAGUUUUAGAGGUAUAUCGCGGCGACUAUUCUCAAUGCAAUCAUCUCUCCAAGCGCAGGUCAACACGACCUCCCUCUCGGCCUUCGACGCCAACCACUCGCUCUACGACAAGUUCCGGCCGACGCACUACAAACCCGCCGUCGACGCGCUCAUUAAACACCUCGCCCUUCCCCCGGCCGCGAACGUGAUUGACCUCGGCGCAGGAACAGGCAAGUUCACCGAGCUCAUCGCCGGCCGCGGGUUCAACCUCUCCGCGGUCGAGGUCUCGGACGGCAUGCUCGCGACGUUUCGGAAAAAGCUGCCGGAUAUUCCUGCGCUCAAGGGCUCGUCCUACGACAUCCCGGUCGCAGAUCACUCUGUGGACGCGAUCUUUAUCGCGCAGGCGUUUCAUUGGUUUGCAGACUUGGAGGCGCUGGCGGAGUUCCACCGCGUGCUCAAGACGCAGGGGAAGCUGGCGCUGGUGUGGAACUUUGAUCCGAAGCCGGACAAGAGCAGCGUUUGGCAGUAUGAGGUCGCAGAGCUGUGCUGGUCGUAUGAGGAUCCUGAUGCGGCGCCUCAGUUCAGACACAUGAGGUGGAAGGAAGUAUUUGAGACCGAGAAAGCGGCAGAGUUGUUUGAGGUCCCGCUGCAGCAGGAGACGGUGUACUGGAGCUACAAGACGCGGCCGGAGGACGUGUUCCAGCUGUGGCUUACAAAGAGCUACAUCACGAACCUGCCAGAGUCGGAGCAGGCGGUGGUGAAGGCCAAGAUCGAGAAGAUCCUGAGGGAUAAAGCGACGCCGGAGCUGGACGCGGACGGGCUUCUGGACAUCAGGAUGGGGGUGUACCUUACGUGGACGGCGGCGAAGUGAAGGGUGUAGAGGUUGUAGAGAUAUACUGCAAUAAGAGAGAUAUCGGCCGCUAUGGCAAGAAACAGGAAGCUCCCCCACCAUCGAGCCGACGCGCCCACACAGUGGCAUCGGGAGCCGUCCCUCUGAUUGGCUGGGCGCACACUUCCGCGCCGCUGUUGUGGCACAAGUGCAUAAACAUCACGUGCACGGCUCAGGCAUCCCGCGGGCUGAGAACUGCGGCUCUGCGUAGGCCUCGGACCGGCAGCCCGC